AUGUCAGAGUAUAAAAACCACCACACCAUCCAACCCCCAUUCCAUUGUCCAACCUUCCCUCACAAAGAAACCUCCAAAGGCAUACAGAUCAACCAAAAUGCCCUCCCGCUCCUCCCUCCUCCUCCCCCAGUCCACGCCCUUCUCGAAGCCCUCACAACCCCCAACACGCCUCAAAGUACCCUCCUCUCAACCUUCACAACCAGCCCAUCCCCACUAGCCCACGAACACGGCCUGCCGCAAUUAGCCCCCUUCCUCGGUCGGCCCUUUACCGGCCAAGAAGGCUUAAAAACCUACUUCGACCUGCUAUCCACCCACCUCUCAAUUGAGACAAUGACCUUCGAGCCUGAUGCAGACUGGGUCGUGGACGAGAGCUGUAUGGCUGUUUCGCUGCGUGGGAAGGCUACGUUUGUGUGGAAGGAGACUGGGCAGGGGUGGGAUGAGACUUUUGUUUAUCGGAUUCGGGUUGCGGAGGAAUGUAGUGGGAGUGAGGGUCAGGGUCAGGGGACGUUGAAGGUUUGUGAGUAUCGGGUUUGGGCGGAUACGGGGGCGGCGUAUCUUGCUAGGAUUGGGGGGUUGAAGGGAUUGCUUGGGGAGGGGGGCGAGGAUGUUGAUUUGGGAUUUGGAUGA